GAUAUUGCAAAAAAAGGGAAUGCGCUGCCGAACGCGAUAAAUCGAUCGCUGCAGAUAAAAUGCAGUCGCAUGCGGGCAUUCAUCGAGAAGCAUCGCGACUCCUUGCAUCUGCAUAUCAACCAACUGCGCUACUUCGCAGCUUCCGAUGGUGGACUUGUACUGGAUGAAAUCCGUGCAGCGAUCUGGCCAAUCCUAGCAUCGUCGCUUGUGCAAGACUCGUUCAGUGAUCAGGACACAAUUUCAACAGUCUCAGAUUCGGAUUUCGAAUCCGCUCAUUCAAAUUUCACCUAUGAUGACGACGUAUAUCCAGCAUGUUCAGCCACUCUCCUUCAACCGCCAACAACGGAGGAACUGCAGCAUCAUAAGGAAUGGAAUCAAGUGGAAAUGGAUGUUCACCGCACUCUCGCCCGCUUCCCACCGGACAUUUCCGAUGAAAAACGACGGAUCUUGCAAGAGGAGUUAACUCCUUUGAUAGUCAGGAUUCUCUGGAGUUGUCCUCGAUUUCAUUAUUACCAAGGUAAACGAUUUCACAUUUACCCAUACCUGUGACA